AUGCUGCGCACGUUCGUAUUUGCUGUUACUCAGUCCCUCAACUGGACGGUGCGCAUGUCCAGUCAGUCGCCGAUGCAGAUGGUAUCUGUGGAACGUAUUCAGAGAAACACGGAAACGCCGAUGGAGGUCGCUCUGACUAGCACUGCACCUGAGAUGCCGCCGUUUGACUGGCCGACGACUGGAGCCGUUUAG